CUGAAAUGAUCAAUCUGUACCUUUCGGCCCAGGGGCAGCAGCUCAAGAAAUUUUGCAGGAUUAGUUUUCGGUCCAGGGACAGCAGCCCAAUACCAGAGAACCGGCCCAUCAAUUUUUGGCGGGAACACUGUAGAAAUCCUCCUCACACCAUUGUAUAUAUAGAGAUUAAAAAAUACGGGCAAGAUGCAAAGCACAACUAUAGUUAAAUGAAAUAUGGAUCUGGCCCAAUUAAGAAUUUUAUUUAAAAGAAUCCACCGAACCAAGAGUUGUAAUAACGAUUUCAAUUGGAAUGAAUUCCUACCUAAAUAAUUUAACUGUAGGGCAAGAUGCAAAGCACAACUAUAGUUAAAUAAAAUAUGGAUCUUGGCCCGCUAGGGUAUUCUUCAAAUAGAAACCCCAAGUCAAUAGGUUCCGUACCUGAGGGUAGUUGACUUGUUAGAAAUAGUGGGAGAGUAUUUAAUAAAGACCUAUUAGAUACUUAAUUCAUGAUAAUAGCUAUCUUCGCAAAACUCUGUAGAUGGCAAACAACAACACAAACAACCUCGCCCUGCGUUCCAUUCUGAAUAAAGAUAAAUUGAACAGAACAAACUUUGUUGACUGGCAACGCAAUCUCUGCAUUGUUCUCCGCAUGGAUGAGAAAGAGUAUGUGCUCGAAAAGCCCAUUCCUCCUGCCCCACCUGCUAACGCCCCGAAAGCGGUCAAAGAUGCCUACGAGAAACACGUUAAGGAUGACAACCAGGUUAGCUGUGUCAUGCUGGCUACCAUGAUAUACGAGCUGCAAAACAGCACGAGGACAUGAAGGCCCACGAGAUGAUCGUGGCCUUGCGGCAGCUAUACCAGGGGCAAUCCAGGCAUGAACGUUUUCUCGUGAGUAAGGCUCUCUUUAGUUGCAAGCUCUCUUCAGGGAACCCGGUUGGUCCGCACGUUCUCAAAAUGAUUGGUUACAUAACCAAUCUGGAGAAACUCGGGUUCUCCUUGCAGAAGGAGCUGGCAACGGACCUGAUCCUGCAGUCUCUCCCUGA